UCGGGGAUCCGCGCCUGGUUCGCGAAUUUCUGUUGUAUUCACGUUAUUUCUCCGUGCUUGCUCGCUUCGUAAAAUGGAAAUCAGCGGUGGUUUAUUGUUUUCGAUCGCCGUAAAUUCAUUGUGAGAACAAAAUUUAGGUGCAAGAUAUUGUCAAAAUAAGAUACAUACUAGUGGUCUUUGGAAACACCAUAAAAAUGGCACCAGUACCUUUGGAAGGCCACCAAACUCCUGUUACAAACAAUAUCCCGCAGGAAGGUAAUCGCGGUGGUUCCAUCUCUCUGGGAAUGCUCAUAGAUUUUAUUAUUCAACGAACAUAUCAUGAACUAACUGUUCUCGCUGAACUAUUACCUCGGAAGACAGACAUGGAACGUAAGAUUGAAAUUUAUAAUUUUUCCGCGCGAACCAGACAAUUGUAUGUUCGUUUACUGGCACUUGUGAAAUGGGCAAACAGCGCGUCAAAAGUGGACAAAUCAACGCACAUUAUGGCAUUUUUGGAUAAACAGUCACUGCUUUUCGUGGAUACCGCGGAUAUGCUGGCGAGGAUGGCUCGUGAAACCUUGGUGCAUGCUAGAUUGCCAAAUUUUCAUAUUCCAGCAGCUGUAGAAGUACUUACUACCGGGACGUAUGGCAGAUUACCAGCUUGCAUCCGAGAAAGAAUAGUACCUCCGGAUCCUAUAACUCCUGCGGAAAAGAGAACCACGCUGCAAAGACUGAAUCAAGUCAUUCAGCAUAGAUUAGUUACUGGAAAUUUGUUACCGCAGAUGCGCAACUUAAAGAUCGAGGCAGGAAGAGUGACGUUUCUUAUUGAACAAGAAUUUUCAGUGUCUCUUACGGUUAUGGGUGACGGACCAACAGUCCCGUGGAGAUUGUUAGAAUUAGAAAUUUUAGUUUCGGAUAGAGAAACCGGAGACGGAAAAGCAUUGGUACAUCCCUUACAAACUCGCUAUGUGCAUCAGGUCGUUCAAUCGCGUUUGGCUGAAAGUACCAAUUCGUUAUCGGAGGUGUAUCACAUUUUGCAUUAUUUUUGUCAGUCGUUGCAAUUGGAAGUUCUGUAUUCGCAAACGUUGAGACUAAUCCGGGACAGAUUGGACGAUUGUAUUCACGUGGACGAAUAUACAGCUGGCAAAUGUCUCUCUAUAUCUUAUUGGAGGGAAUUAACGAGCAAAGAUCCGCGAUCAGAACUUGGAUACAGAUUGACCGUUCAAGUGGAUCAGCACGAUCCAGCGAGACCUCUUGCGGUUGUACACGUUCCUUCGUUGGGUAACAAGGAAAAUGAAAUAGCACAAAGAGCCAUUAGGUCGGAUCAGUUGUCGAUGGAAUGCUUGCUGGUACACACAAUUUACAUUCGGACGCGUAGUCGGUUAAACGAAUUGAAGCAAGAAUUUCAAACAAUACUGAAAGAUUGUGAAUGUACCUUGGGAGGAUCUCCAGCUCUUUUGCAAGUCCAGAUCUUACAACCGUGUUUGCGCGCCGAGUAUCUCUUAGUUACGGUCGAUACUCACACUGGUAUGCUGCAGUGUCACAUUCCUCAAUAUGAUGCACCUCUUAUACCAGAAUUGACAGCAGCCCUGAACGGUGAUCAUUUGCGUCUUCCGACACUCUUGUCCGAAUUGAGAUUUUGGAUAACGCAGAGACACUGCGAGAAAACGUUGCAACAUUUACCAGCCUCGUCUCACGAACGUUUGCCCGUUAUGCAUCAUCCGGACCAUCCCAUGUCUAAGAUCAGCAGACAUCGGAUGUUUAUACAAUUGCACAGACACCCCACAGUCAUACUGAUCGUUUCGUUCAAAGAGAAAGAGAAUUCACCCUGCGAGAUAGAAUACUCUUUCUAUCUCGCUGUAGUGAAGCACAGUUCCAUCGAAGACGAUCCGCACGAUGACAGUAUAGAAACGGAAAUACCGAAAAUGUACUUGAAGAUCCAAAGUCUCGUUGAGUUCGACACUUUCGUCAUUACUCACGGCCCGUUUACGAGCGUGGAUAGUGGGAAUAAUGAUCAAGAUGGGGGGUGCAUUACAGAAGUGGUGGAGACGACGAGCAACAACAAACGUAGAAGCACCGGGGUCACUGGCAGGAUAGACGCGGCCGGAACGUCACAGAGUAGAAGGUCAAAGCAUCCGGCUUACUUCAUUCCUGAAUUGGCACACGUUGUCGCUCUGUGUGACGAACGAAUACCAUUCGUAACUCUAGCCCAAGAACUGACCAGGCGAGAGAUAGCCCAUCAAGGUCUUCAGGUUGAAGCGAAUGCCACGGCGCUGGUGCUCAAACUUGUUCAGUUGCCCGCACCAACGCCAGGCGUUGCUACAACUGGCGCUUGGCACGCUCUGCUUAAGAGACUUCUUAGCGUGUCGAUUCGAGUUCAGGGCAAGGGUAUGGCUAAAACCUGGACGGUCGAAUUCGUGUUUUACGGCAGUCCUCUAUCCAGUAGUCAUCCCAAGGAACAAGGUUUGCGAAGACCAGUCUAUUUCCAAUACGAAGUGGGAACGGCCGAUACCGUUUCUCGCACAGUAGACGCCUUAUUGAACGACUGGGCGCAGAUUGUGCACUUGUAUUCGAUUGUUCACGACUUAGCUGAAUAUUUCAAAAUAGAGAAAUACAAUUUGCGCAACAUGGUCAGCGUUAAAUCUUACAGUUAUAGCAAACUAGUUCUUGCGUACGGCCCGAAUCAAGGUGCGACCGUAACCGUGCAAUGGAGCAUAAACGACAAAGCGUUUAAGUUGGUGUUUGGCAGAAGUCCAACAAAUCCAGUGACCAAUGCGCAUUCUAUAAUGAAAGAACAACUUGAAGCCCACUUGAACAGACACACGAAUUUAGCGCAAAUAAUUCACAUACUUAGCGAAACGCUUCAACCGCUUACGUCAAUCAGCAAAUUGCCGACGAUUCCUCAAUUGUGCGUUCACGCGAGACCACGAGUGCCAGUGCAAACUUUUACUAUAAUGCCACAAUGUGUCACUUUGGUGCGUAUCGCGUAUCAGGGAAUGUACUGUCUGGAAUUGCGUCUACGUGGUGGAGGCUUGGUGAGUUUACGCGACGGCGCGUACAGUCGUUUUGACAGAAGUAACGUCGUUGACGAAUUCACGCCUACACAAGGUCUCAAGGCAUUUUUGUCGAAAUACGUUGACGAAAAUGCAGUGUUCAGGAGAAGAUCUCAAUCGGAAGAUGAUAAUCCACCGUCGCCCGUCACUAUGGACAGCGACGGUGGUGGCGGCAACGUGGGUUUCUUAGGUCAUCACAGGAGCGGUCCGCAGUCGCCCGCGCAACAACGCGAGGGUUUGAGAUUUCAUCCGCCGCUCACACCGCCAUCAGGCAGUAAUCCCCAUACACCAGCCAGUCCUCAUACCGCAAAUAUAUCUCAGGCUAGUCAACAUCAAAGUUUCGGAAGCAGUCCCGCGACUUCGUUCAAUUUGGCGUCACCGCCGUCGUUGCCGCCAAAUACACCCAAUAUGCUGCCACAUCCGUCGCCCGGGUCAGGUCUCGUCGCGAAUAGUCCUUUAAAUCCAAUGCAUGUUCCUAGUCCGGCUGGUCUCAUGCCAACGUCGUCGCCCGGACCCUGCAGUAACGUUCAAGUCGGACACUCUCCCGCUAGUUCAUUCAUGCAAACAGGUCACAUCGACGGUAGUCCUUUUCCGUCUUCUCAGAGCAUGGCGUCCCCAGCCGCUUCCAAUUGGCCCGGGUCUCCGAGUGUACCAAGACCCUCCCCCGCGAGACCUGGACAGAGCCCAGGUCACGCGGCGAUGCACAGCCCGCAGGCCUCCGACCACAAAAUCGGCAGUCACAUAUCCCGAGUGUUGCCGCCGAGGUCGUGGGCGGGUGCCGUGCCGACACUUCUUACGCACGAAGCGCUAGAGUUACUCUGUUGUCCCUCACCUCAUCCGUCCGGUCUACCGGGUCCAGACAUGUCGCCUCUCGAACGGUUCCUAGGUUGUGUUUACAUGCGCCGUCAACUGCAGCGCUUCAUUCAGACCGAUGAGUGUGUAACUAAUAUCAGUACAGAACCUGGUAUAGUGCACUUCAAAGUCGAAAGCUUGCAAUGCAGGGUCGGAUUAAAUCAACAACACUUCCAGUCCCUCCAUAUCAAAGUUCAGCCGCUUCCGGAAUAUAAAGAUCAAUGGAGCAUGGAGGAACUGCAGAUCAUUGAGAAAUUCUUCGACACACGCGUGGCCGCCCCGCCUUACAAACACAACACGCUGUCCGGUUUCGGAAAGAUGCUCAAUAUACGUUUCAAAGUGUUGAAAGAUUUCGUACAGAUAAUGAAGCUGGAACUGGUCCCGAGUCUGAUGCAGCAGCAGCAAUUAAAGUGGUCCGUGCAAUUGUGUCUGCGCAUCCCUCCUUCCGCUGGACCGAUCGUUCCUCCUGGCACGGAAGGGGUACACGUUUGUAGGAGCAAAAUUUUGUUUUUCUUGCAAAUAACGAGGAUAGGUAUACCGUAUCAAGGGGAGACACCAUCUUUGGUAUUACCAUUCGUGUACGACGUCACCACGAAUGUGACCCAGUUAGCGGACAGAAGAGACGUUAGCUCACCGUUAGCGGCAGUCAGUAUGCAACUGAAGAGAUUCGCAGAAUACGGCGCUAAUCAGUCGGAAUGUUCGCUGUUCCCGGCUGUGAGAGAUCUCUUAGCGAAUUUUACGCUACCGUCGGAACCGAUCAUAUCGCAGGUCGUGGCGUCACCCGCUGGUAAUCAGGUAACUCCCACUCAGCAGAUGCAGAACACGGCGAUGCAGAUGCACUCGCCCAUGGCCGGCGGUCAGGGGCCACCGCAAGGACCGUACGGAAUUCAGGGGAUGCCACCGAUGGGCAUGAUGGGCGGCCCGCCUCAAUAGGACUUGCUUUACUCUCCUAAUCCCCUCUGUCUGCCGGGUCAUCCAACGUGGAUGAACUAAAAGACAAAUGUAAAACUUCGACGUUUUCUAUUCAGAGGACUCGCCGAAACGAUCCGCGCGCGUUUUAUUCCACAAGACAAGAAGAUUUACAUUCAACACGGGGUAUUUUAGGAGAGAGCUAAGCUGUUGUAUGUUUGCUGUGUCAUCCGAGGUCGAACAAGAGUAAAAAGUGAAAUAGUUGACUUGAGGUAAAAGUACCGAGAUUUCUGGACACGUAUUUUCGCCGUUUUAAUUUUUUUUUUUUUUUUUUAAACGCAAGAAUUGUGUAAAUAUUCUAGUAAAGGCUUCAAACGACGAAGCACCGAUUUCAGAGUACUUUUGCCUUACUGUUCUUACAUAUGACAAUCUCACGUCCGAAUUUAUUAUCGCAGACGUUUUUCUGUGUGUCUCAUCAAUUACAAGCUUCGUACACAUCACACCUUGACGCUAAACAUGUAUAGAUCGUUGUUUCAUGUAAUAUCCAAAUGAGAUUGUACUUUACUUGCCGACUUCUUUGUAUUUAUAUUCUCGCUUUCAAUGUAAAAAAUUUAUCUGAAAAAAUAUUACAUACUCCCUCGUACAAGUAUAGUACAAAUCUGUAUCUUUCUACUGAGCAAAUACAUUUGCAUUGUGAUUACGCAACAGUGAGAUUUACGACGUUGUUACAGAAAAAAAGACAUUAGUUGCGAGAACGCAGGUGUAAAAUUAUUAUCAAUCAAACAAACACAAGCUCCCAAAAAGAAAUUCAAAUUUAAAUUAAAACCUCGUUAAAAAAAAAAAAAAGCUACGAUUCAUCGAAUAUGGUAAUGGAUAAUAACGAAAAGUCAUUUUAGCAAUGUAAAUAAUUUAAUAAAAUAAAAUUACUUUUUUGUUGUUUAUUCUCACCAUUGGUGUGGAUCGCCAAGGUUUUUAUUUAAAUUUGUAAAAAAUGUACGUACGUGUAUAUGAUCAUCAGACGUGUUUGCGACGAGUAAAAACGUAGCAUAUUUUAUAAUCAACACAAUGUAAUUUAAUAUACAAACUUUAAUAUACAAAUAAAACCUUAUAUUGUAUUAUA